AUGAUAAACCUAUUGCUUAUGCGUCGCAAAGCCUUAAUGAUCAUGAAUGCCAAUGGGCACAAGUGGAAAAAGAGAUGUAUGCGAUUGUGUAUGCAUGUGAAAGAUUUCAUGAUUAUGACCAAAGAGUUGAAUAAAAUUAAAAAUAAUCGAUUGAGAAGAAUGAAAACAAGAUUAGCAAUCUAUAAUUUAGAUGUAAAGUAUAUUGCAGGUCGUAAAAUGGUUGUGGCUGACUGUUUGUCGAGAGAUUAUAUAGUAACAAAAAGUAGUGAUGAUAGAACUAUGGAUGAUGUAGUACAUUCUAUUGAAAUGAAACAAAUAGAAUUUAGUGAAGAUAAACUUAACCGGUUUCAAAAAAGGUGGCCAACUAAUAAGAAAAAAGUGAAAACUGGGGAAAUGUCAAAUUAUUGGUCAUUAAGAAAUGAAAUAGUUGCUGGUGAUGGAUUAUUAUAUUUUAAAGAUAAGCUGAUAGUACCUAGAGAACUAAGACAGUUAAUCAUGAGUUUAUUACAUGAAACACUUGAUUACUACUCAAGAUGGUUGGAGGCUGUAGAGAUAUCUGAUAAAACUACUGAAACGAUAAUAAGUGUGCUCAAAACAUUGUUUAGUAGAUUUGGUAUACCUAAAGAAUUUAUGUCAGAUAAUGUUCCUUUCAAUAGUUUAAUUUUUAAAAAAUUUGCUCAAGAAUGGGAUUCCAAAAUAAUAACAUCUAGAACAUCUAGUCCUAACUACCCACAGAGUAAUGGCAUGGCUGAAAAAAGUGUUGGUAUAUUUAAAUCAAUGAUGAGGAAAUGUAAACAAACUGGUUAA